AUGGAUAAGUGGGAGAAAGAAACGAACCCACGAAGGAGAAGAACUCCAUCUUUCUCUUCCUCUCUUCUAGACGUUAUCUACCAUUCGAUUGACGAAUCAAAGGGUGGUGGUGAUCACGAACAAGAGGAAGAUAGGAGUGGUUAUGCUACUACUACUACUGCUAGAGUAGUUAUGAAGAAGAAACAGAAAGAAGAGAAGGAGAAAAACAAUCUCAGGCGAGCUAUGAUGAUCGAGAAUUGGGUUGAGAAACAGAGCGUUCAAAGUUCUGUGCUUUCAACUUCGGCCUCGAGCUCUUCGGUCGACUCAAGCUCCAGUGCUCUGUGGUCUUCCUCCGAAACAGAGUCAACCCAAAACCAUAUAUCCAAAAUGAAGCCGUUUCGAGCCACUAUUGGAGUAGCGUUUGACCAGAUGAGUUCAGAUAAAAGUCAGCAGAAGAAGACCGCGAAGCCGGAGAAUGGUGGGUUUUCGAAGAUGAAGCUUAAGGCUUUGAAAAUCUAUGGCGAACUGAAAAAAGUGAAGCAACCCAUUUCUCCAGGGGGUCGUAUAGCGACCUUUAUUAACUCUAUUUUCAAUUCGGGCAACGUUAAAAAAGCCAAAAUUAAGUAA